CUUAACGUCAUAGCCCCUCCUGUCACUCCACCCCCCCCACCAGCUUACAGUGAAAGAUGGCAGCGGUGGAGGCGGAGAGCGUUGAGACGGCAGCGGAGCACGAGCGGAUCUUGCGCGAGAUCGAGAGCACGGACACGGCGUGCAUCGGCCCCACGCUCAGGUCGGUGUACGAUGGCGCGGAGCACCAGCGCUUCCUGGAGAAGCUCGAGGCUCGGAUCAAGAGCCAUGACCGCGAGAUCGAGAAGAUGUGCAACUUCCACUACCAGGGCUUCGUCGACUCCAUCACGGAACUGCUCAAAGUGCGCAGCGAGGCCGGGAAGGUGAAGUGUCAAGUCGUUGCCACCAAUAAACAACUGCAGGAAGCUGGAAAGGAGCUCGUGACAGAGAUGGAGGAGCUGACGCGGUGUCGAGUCCAGCAGCGGAACAUCGCCACCACGGUCGACAAACUCAACCUCUGCCUGCCCGUAUUGGAAAUGUACAGCAAGCUUAAAGAGCAAAUGAAAGCAAAAAGGUACUACCCGGCGCUGAAGAUGCUGGACGUGCUGGAGCAGGAGUACCUGCCACUCGUGUCCCAGUACCGCUUCUCGCGCCUCAUGCUCGACACGCUGCCCCGACUGCGCCAGGAGAUUCGCGACGUCUCCAUGUCCGACCUCAACGACUUCCUGGAGAGCAUCCGCAAGCACUCGGACAAGAUCGGCCAGAUGGCCAUGAAGCAGGCUCAGAGCCAGCGGAGCCUGGACAGCGCCGUGCACCAGCGGCAGAAGAGCGCGGAAGCCCAGAGAGGUCGCGGCAGGGAGGUCGGGCCCGGCUCGGACGCCGAGCCGGCCGGAAACAGUCCCGCGUCCGAGCAGGACUCGGGCAUCCUGGACGAGGAUGAGGAGGAGGAGGAAGAGGAGCUCGAGGAGGAGGUGCUGAAUGCGCAGGACCUUGUUGACUUCUCGCCAGUCUAUCGCUGCUUACACAUCUACACCGUGCUGGGUGCGCGUGACACGUUUGAAAACUAUUACCGCAAUCAGAGGAGGCAGCAGGCCAGAUUGGUGUUACAAGCACAGUCCAACAUGCACGAAACCCUAGAAGGCUACAAGAAAUAUUUCAACCAGAUUGUCGGGUUUUUUGUGGUUGAAGACCACAUUUUGCACACGACGCAAGGGCUGGUAAACCGGGCGUACAUGGACGAGCUCUGGGACAUGGCCCUCUCCAGGAUCAUCGCAGUCCUGCGCACACACUCUUCCUACUGCACAAACCCUAACCUGGUUCUUGACUUGAAGCAUCUCAUUGUUCUGUUUGCCGACACUGUGCAGGGUUAUGGCUUUUCCAUGAACCAACUGUUUGACCUGCUGUUGGAGAUCCGGGACCAGUACUGUGAGAUUCUGCUGAAGAAGUGGGCUGCCGAAUUCCGGGCAAUAUUUGAGAGAGAUAACUUUAGCCCAAUUCCAGUGAACAAUGACGAGGAAUAUCGGAAAAUAGUUAGCCAGUUCCCCCUGAUGGAUGCAGAAUUGGAGAAGCAAACCUUCCCAAAGAAAAUCCCGUUUUCGCAGUUCGUGCCCAGCAUUUACACGCAGGUGAAGGAAUUCAUCUACGCCUGCCUUAAGUUCUCCGAAGAUCUCCAUCUCAGCUCCACUGAGAUCGAUGAUAUGAUCCGGAAAUCGGCAAACCUUCUGCUAAGCAGAGUCCUCAGCAGUUCUCUGCAAAACCUCAUCCGGAAACCCAACAUUGGUCUGACCGAGCUCGUGCAGAUCAUCAUCAACACGACCCACCUGGAGCAGUCCUGCAAAUACCUGGAGGAUUUCAUCACCAACAUCACCAACGUCUCCCCAGAGACCGUGCACACCACCAAGCUCUACGGCACCUCCACCUUCAAGGACGCACGGCACACGGCGGAGGAGGAGAUCUACACGAAGCUGCACCAGAAAAUCGACGAGUUCCUGCAGCUCGCCGACUACGACUGGAUGCUGCCUGAGCCCAACGGGCACGCCAGCGACUACCUCAUGGACCUCAUCAACUUCCUGAGGAGCACUUUCGCCGUCUUCACGCACCUGCCUGGCAAGGUGGCUCAGACCGCCUGCAUGUCCGCGAGCAAGCACCUGGCGUCGAGGCUCCUGCAGCAGAUCCUGGACGUGGAGGUGAAGCAAGUGACCAUGGGGGCGAUCCAGCAGUUCAACCUCGACCUGGUCCAGUGCGAACUGUUUGCCAGCUCCGAGCCAGUGCCAGGACUGCAGGGAGACACCCUCCAGCUGGCGUUCAUCGACCUGAGACAACUGCUGGACUUGUUCAUGGUCUGGGACUGGUCCACGUACCUGGCUGACUACGGGCAUCCCAACAACAAGUAUCUGCGUGUCAACCCAAACACGGCUCUCAUCCUUCUCGAAAAAGUUAACAAGGGGAUGAAAGACCACACCCGCAAGAGCAACAUCUUUGCACAGUUCCGGAAGAACGAGCGGGAUAAGCAGAAGCUAAUCGAGACGGUGGCGAAACAGCUCCGAAGCCUGGCCAACGGGACCGCCCACCACAGCUAGUCCACGCAUGCUGCCGUACGCGAUCGUGCCCAACUCAAACCAUCCGACCCAACCCGACCUCCACCGGCUGGACUGGAGCUCUGCGAAUCCUUACGGAAAAACUGCAACCUCCAGAGAACUCGACGCUUCCCCGAAGGAUUUCGUUUGUGUUUUUUCAAAAUAAUGCCUGUGGUGCCGCCCCGGGUCGGACACCGGGAGAGAUGACUCGCGUCACUCCGCUUUUGCCUCUUAAUCGACGGGGAGCGACGCGGAGACGUCCGCGGCCCUAAAACCGAGACACGGCCCUCUGCCGCCGCCGACAUUCACAGUGAGCGGCUUUGGGAUCGCCCUAAAUCCUCCGGCGAGCGGAGAGCGAGCGCCACAACUCCCCCUCUACCCCACGCCUCGAGUGCGUAAUUCCCCACGCGGUCAUGCGGCCAAAUCUCACGCGAGCAACUCUCACGGCUGCUGGAGAGAGUUAACCUUUUGCCGAGUGCCUGCGCAAGUAACCGUCUAUCCGUCCUUCUUCUCCUCCCCUGUCAUGGUGGGGUGGGGUGGGGGAGAGAUUUUUAAUUUUUACGGCAUGACUCUAUCGGUUUGGUUUUUUUCAAGAAAUCAUGUUGCCAAGCAGUUUGCUGCUGCUGCUGCUGCUGCUACUGAUGCCACCACCACCACCACCGUGAAGCGGAAGAGACGUCACUUCUGAGCUUCGGGACUCUGUCCUGCUGCGGCACGGCUGCGAGCUGCAGGGUCCUUGGUCGUUUUCAGCUCCCGAGUCAGGAAUAAUGGACGCUCACUCAUUCGUGGAGUGGGGGGGGGGGGGGGGGUGGGGGGAUUGGGCGGCGAGCGGGCGGGCGUUUUUUGUUCCUGUUGCUGUCGCCGCUUGGAAACGUUUGCAUACUCGAAAGGAAAAAAUAAAAUAGAGUACACAAAUGAAAUCGGAUGAUGCGGCUGCAAAGCCAUAGAGGUUCAUAGAACUCGCCCCCAAGGCUUGACAAUUCGCAAGGGCAGAGUGGAAAAAAAAAGUCCGUUUUGACUAUUGAGGGUAAGUACCAGGUGAAAGAAAACAUACCUGGCUUGAAAUUGACAAAUUCCAGACCCAAUAUUUACUACAACAUAAUGACCACCCCAUUGUAUAAACUUCAAAAGAUAAGCACACUCCUCCAGGGGGGGGGAGGGGGGGGGUGUGGAGGCGAAGGGGUUGGGGGGGGGGCGGGGAGACGUUCAGUUCACGGCUUAUGCGAGAGUGUGGGCCGACCAGAGUGUGCCAGUAUGAAACCGUGCGUUUUGGUCUUCCGCGGAUUCUGCCGUCACACUCAUCGUUCUCACCGCGCCCCACGGAUGCGAGACGGGUCCGUCAGUUUUCUGCGCUCGCCAAAAGAGGCGUGGCCGCGUUCUGCCCCCCCCCCCCCUCGGUAACGAUCGCCCAUCGUGCCACCCCCCCCCCGUGCCCCCAGCUGACAAACACCGUCGCUCGCAGGCUGCCUCAAAUGGAAUUUGUUCGCCAAUAAAAAUAAUAUAAAAUCCGCACCGCUUACAACCGUUCGUGGCAGCGCCGAGCGGCCUCGUGGCUUUCGUUUUAUUUCAUGUAAAUAAUUAUUACAAAAGACUACAGUUUUUUUUACUCAUUUUGCACAUAGUGUACGCUUCAUCCACCAGCUUUUGCAGAGUGGAAUUAAUGGGGGACAGGUAGCGAUUAAUUGUGAUUUCGUUGAAACUUACACACCGACAUUGGUUACUGUUUUUGUGUGUGUGUGUGUGUAACUAAUUAAAAAUCAUAGUACGGAAAUAAUUCGUCAAAUAAUAAUAAUGACUAUUACUACAACAGUAAUGUCUGCUGCAGCCAAAAUGUGUAGUAUAAGAUUGUUGAGGGUUGCUGAAUUGAUACAAAUGGAGCUCUUUAUAAGCGUUUCACGGUCCGCUACGAUGAGCAGGGAUGUUGCGUGUGUGAAAAAAAAAACAAUCGUCCACGCGUCGUCAAUAGUGGGGGGGGAGUUGUCGAUGUGUGGCCUGUACCUGCACUGAUUGUGUUUCAGCUCGAAUAAACUCAAACGUCGGGGGAAAA